CAUUUUUGGUCUGGACUUUCCCGGAUCUGACAACUGAUGGAAGCUCACCCGCUCAAAUCUGACGCCGCCGCCGCCGCCGCCGCCUGGCAGUUGCUCGGCCUUUUGCUCGCCCAGGGCCGCCCCGCCCAUCCAUCCGAGCUGGCUUUCCGUUCUACUCCAGAUUUCAUACGCUUCCUCUGCUCAAUCCCUAAUUCCCCCAUCAGUCUCGAUGAUGAAGAUCUCGUCACCUUCUCGCAAAUCGGACUUGCUGCUCUCGCCCAAUUCCUAUCUAAUUCGGGUUUGAUUUCAACAUACUUGGAUUUGCCAACCUUUGUGCCGCGCUUGUUGGCAAAUGUUAGAUCAAAUUCCUUAGUGAGGACGCAUUGUAGAAAAAGAAAGUUUGAGGCACUGGAGCUUGAGGAUUUUCUGAUUAUGAAGAAGAAGAGGUUUCACCUGGAUUUAGAUGAUGAAAAGAGCUCAAACCAGAUGGCGAUAAAAAUCCCCAAUAAAUUUCAGAAUGUGGACACUCAAGGAAUUGAGACAUUAUCAAGCCUGCCCUCACUCUCAUCUUCUGACAGCUUGAAACUUAAAAGUGACAUGUUUAUACCUAUAGUGCAUAGAAAGUUAGAAUGCAACUUUGAAGUUGAUGGUGCUUCUGAACAUAUUGCAGACAAAAUUUCGAAUAACUGUUUACAUAGAAUGAAUUUUAAGUCAUACUUUCUUGAUCUUGGUAGUAGUCCAUAUAAACACCAAAUACAGACAGAAGAAUUAUUAAAUUCUGUCCCUUCUCCAAAGAAGCUACCACAUUCAUUGAGUAGUAUUAAUUUUGAAGAAGGGGGUGGAAUUGGUGACACUGUUUCAGUACACCCUGUAAACUCCAUAACUAUUUCUGCAUCAUCUAAGGCGGAAAUAGAUGAGCAGAUGACAGCUACACACAAAAGAACUGAUGCUAUUAUUCAAGGGUGUGAUUCAUUGACUGAAGCCAUUGAUGGAAAAAUAAAGGAAGUUUUUCUACAUGGUUCUGGUGGUUGCAAAGGCCAUAAGCAGCAUCAGCAAUUAGAUAGAAUCCGCAAAACUAAGUAUGACAAAGAUUAUCCUGAACAGGCUCUGCCCAAAUCCUAUAAUAAGGGUCACAUUUCCAGCAGACAAAGAACAGAAAGCCAGGGAGACAUGGUGAAUCAUUCCAUCAAGCAUUCCUCUGCCCUCGAUCCUGAUAGGAAAAAACCUAUCUCCCCCACAAAUCGCAAGCGUCUUACUGGUAAAAGUCAAGAACAAUGUAAAAGAGAUAAAAACCCAGUUUCUGUACAGCAAACGAAAAAGGUCGAUUGUGACCACAUUGUAAAUGCAAAAGAGAAGUGGGAUGCAUCAUUUGAGAAUAGGGAUAAGCCUUCCUCCACAUCCAACAAUGCUCAGCAAGUACCUUUUCCGGAAUUUGAGUCAUUUAUUGUGGAACAAGAAGAGGGUUCAGGAGGUUAUGGCACAGUUUACCGGGCAAGAAGGAAAGCUGAUGGAGUAAUAUUUGCCAUCAAAUGUCCUCAUGUCAACGCCAAUAAAAAUUCUGUGAACAAUGAGAUAAAAAUGCUAGAGAGAUUGGGGGGAAAAAACUUUGUGAUAAAGUAUGAAGGUUCAUUUAAGAGUAAGAGUGCUGAUUGUCUUGUUCUCCAACAUGUUCAGCAUGAUAGACCUGAGAUCCUGAAAAGACAAAUGACUGUUGCUGACCUACAGUGGUAUGCAUAUUGUCUGUUCAAAGCCCUUGCUGGUCUACAUAGGCAGGGAAUUGUUCACAGAGAUGUUAAACCUGGAAACUUUCUUUACUCUUGCAAGGUCAGCAAGGGUUACCUGAUUGAUUUCAAUCUUGCAUUGGAUAUGCGCAAAAAGUAUGGAACAGUCAGUAAGUUAAUGGAUGUGACAUACGUAAACACAGUAAACAAAAAUGCUGGAAAAGCCUGUAAAUCCCUUCUACCUCCUGGGAACUUGAAAAGAAAGGUUAUCGCUGAAGCUAGCAGCAGGAAUAUCAUGAAAAGUCAGGGUGCUGAUGGUUCUGGGAUAACUUCUGCAAAAGAUGCAACAAGCACUAUAACAGCGUCUGCAGAAAGGUUUAGAGAACCAUUACCAUGCAAAGGUAGAAAGGAGCUGUUAAGCCUGGCGCAGGACGCCAUGCAGGUGCAGGGUGGAAAUCAUGGAUCUGUCGAUGCUCCCAAAUCAAAGAGAAAAAGAGUUGCUGCACCUAGUGGGGAUGCAUGUAACAAACUUUUGCAUGUCACUCCAAUGCCACUGUAUGCCAAUGGAAAGACCGUUUGUGGGGCUGGAUUACUUAAAACCAAAGGAGAUGGGAAGCCUGCCAGAGAGGGUCCUUGUGCAGGAACUAAAGGCUUUAAGGCUCCAGAAGUAUUAUUCAGAUCUCUACAUCAAGGUCCUAAGUCUGAUAUUUGGUCAGCUGGAGUGACCUUGCUGUACCUGAUGAUUGGCAGAACACCUUUCACUGGCGAUGCCGAGCAGAACAUAAAAGAGAUAGCAAAGUUAAGGGGGAGUGAAGCUCUCUGGGAAAUCGCAAAGCUGCACAACCAAGAAUCAUUAUUUCCAAUGGACCUGCUCGAUGUAAGAUACAUGGCACCAAUAACUCUUCAGGAUUGGUGUGCACAAAAUGCACGACGACAAGAUUUCUUUGAUGCCAUGCCAAGUUCACUAUUUGAUCUCGUAGAUAAGUGUUUAAUGGUGAAUCCACGACAGAGGAUCACUGCAGAUGAAGCUCUUGCACAUGACUUUUUUGCUCCUUGCCGUAAGGCUCUCAGAAGCCACCGGCUGCAAAGGCAAGCACAGGCCGAAGCUGUCGUGGAAUAGGAGUAUCUACACAACCGUUAACAGAUACACUUAUAAUCCAUUUACAAUACAAAAUAGGUCGUUAGUAGUUACAUUUAGUGUAGAGCUUAUACCUCUGUUGUCUUUUCUUUCUUCCUUCUAUGUCUGUCGUAUCAAGGCAAUUUUAAAUGUUUGUUUGGUAGAAAUUUGCAUGUAUAUAGCCACACCAAAAGAGGUAAUGAUAAUUCAUUUUUCUGCUGGAUUCUCAUUUUCA